UACGGCGAGGAACCAAACGGGACAGAAAGGGAAGUAGGAGGACCAGGUCAUACGGCAGCACCGUGUCGUCGAGCUCACCCACCUGUCCGAGUAUCUAUCUAACCGUUCAGUGCCGCGUGCGACUUGUCAGCAAAUUCCUCAAACUCCUCGUUCCCCCUUGACAUCGGACCGGGUACCGGGACAGCAUCACUCCCGGAUGAGCCCCAUGGCUCAAGCGCAUGCGAGUGUCGCCGGUAGAUCGUCGCCUUCUCUGACAGACACCAACAACGACCAGAUGCAAGGUCUAUGGCGGAGGUUCUUAGGGUGGGAUAAAGAUCAUGGGACCGACGGGCCAACAGAACCAACGGAGAAAAGCCAGGACGUUGAGCAACACAAUGACGACAAAGACGGCCUUGUUCGACGUGGAGGCUCCCGGAAAGUGGUACCGGGCUUACCGAGGACACAAACCUUUAAGAGGCAGUGUUCCGAGGUACGCAGCAAACUGGAACCCGUCCGCCCAACACCCGCCGAGCGAAGAGCUGUUUCCAUGGACAGACGCACAAACCCCUCCAUUAGUACUCUCGACCACCCUAGUCCUCGAGCCAGCGCUUCCGACUUCCUCAGCCAGAACCUCAGCGCUGUGCCGUCUCCGCCCCUGUUGCCGAUGAAACGGCUCGAACGGAUUCAAGGGAUCAUGGGGUAUCCGGAUUACUUCGAUCUUGACAGGGACUCUGUGGAUGGUGCCCUCCCUCGCAAUGGUCAUGCUUUGUCUGGGAUUGACGUCCGGUCCAUGACCACGUCACAAUACGAGGCUUUGAUAGACAGUGAGCUGGAGCGCAAGUGGAUCCUCAACCUCUCCAUGCACUUCCGGGACAAAUCCAAACGUGAGAAAUUCUUCGUUACCUACCGCCAGCACGAACACCACUGGCGGCGUGUCACCAUCUCGCUCGAUUACCGCAACGCGCCGGCAGACUCUUUGGAAGCUGAACUGUCGCACAUGGAAUAUCAGCGCGACAAGAGCGCCAAGAUCUACGAGGCUAUCCGGGAAAGCCUGAACGAGAUCGAUUUCUACCCGACCGUCACUAAUCUCAAACUGGAAACGAAGGAUGGGAGGCUACACGUCCACGUCGUCGAGGAUGUCAAUGAAAUCAUCCACUACCCCUCGACCAGCGUGGUCGAGCAUGUGAAUUGUAGACGCGUAAAGGAGCGCGAGAUUCACUUUGACUCGCACAUAUCUGGAUUCGUUUACAAGGUCCGAGUCCACGGCAGGCUACUGAUCAAGAAAGAGAUCCCAGGCCCGGAGACAGUGGACGAGUUCCUCUACGAGAUCAACGCGCUUAACCAACUGUGUUACGCAAAGAACGUCAUCCAGUUCUACGGCGUCGUCGUCGACGACAGGGAGCAGAACGUUACCGGUCUGUUGAUCAGUUAUGCUGCUCGGGGCGCGCUGAUCGAUGUUAUCUAUGACAAUGAUCACACCAUUCCCUGGCCAACCCGGGAGAAGUGGGCUCGCCAGAUUGUCGCCGGCUUAUCCGAGAUCCACGAGGCCGGCUUUGUCCAGGGUGAUUUCACGUUAUCCAACAUUGUCAUCGACGAGAAUGACGACGCGAAGAUCAUCGACAUCAAUCGCCGGGGCUGUCCCAUCGGCUGGGAACCGCCGGAAGCCACACCACUUGUGGAGAGCGGCCAACGAAUCACCAUGUACAUCGGCGUCAAGUCUGACCUCUACCAGCUGGGAAUGGUUCUUUGGGCGUUGGCAACCCAGGAAGAUGAACCGGAGAAAUACAGUCGUCCCCUCAGAUUCGACCGCGUUAUCCAAGUGCCGGAAUGGUACAGGCGCAUUGUGGACACCUGUCUGAGCUCCAGUCCGCGAAACCGCCUCCAGGCCAUCCAACUGCUGCGGUGGUUUCCGGAUCGGGAGGAAGGCAGCCGACAUGGUCCCAUCAACGGAUCAUCGGUAUCCAUCAACGGCGACCGCAAUCCCGGCCAUGGUUGCCUAUCUCCCGACGGGAUUCCGCGGGUCAAGACAGUCCCACCUCCAAGUGACUGGGCGUAUGUAGGGUUGGAAAAUCAUCAACUAACUGACGAGCCGUUCUACUACCCGAGCAGGGGCAGAUCUCCACCGUCGCCAAUGCCGAGCAAUCAGGGAGAUUACGGUCAAGCACGGUACGGACAGCGGUUUUACAGCUGGUCGGAUACGUAUAACCAUGUGCCAACCGUGCCUUCUGUUAGCGAUGUUCUUUCUCGAGCCCCAACAGAGGGGCCCGGGCCAAAACUGGCAGGAAGCGAGGAAAUGCUGGAGACAUACGCAGAUGUGCCACAUCGGUGCAAAGCGACCGCGAUGCAAGCAAGCGGGGACGAUGAUAUUCCGGUUGAGCGAGGGCGGUCACCCGCUGGGAAGCCCCGAUACGUCGGGGAGCGGGAACGGGUCAAGGAUGACGUGGAAAACGACGACUCAGUCCCGACAGCAACGGAGUAUACGCCGCCGAACCACGGACGGUUAGCAGAGCGACCCAAGCUGGGAAGCGAUGGCGGGAACAGGAGUCGAGAGUCAGUGAACCGUGGGAGCACAGGACGGCUGUCACAUGCAGACAGUGGCAAGGACGUCACGGAGGUGGCGGGCUCGCCGACUGGGAAAGGGAUACGAAUUGCGCGCGGCGAACUGCGAUCUGUUUCCCAAGGGAGCAGCAGCAGUUUAUCCCCGUCGCGUGCCCAUUACGAGCGGCCCAUCACCACACACGAGGCAGCUACUACACACCCAAGCGCAACCGACGAGCCGGUCCGUGGGCGUUCCCGCUUUCGCGAUGGUGAUGCCGAUGCUUUUCAGUCUCGUCCGUUAUCAGCCGCCUCAAAUCCACUUGCCGGCUUCAGGCAACCUGACAAUGAUUGCCUGGCGGGGAUCGGUUCGGCAUAUGACUUUGCGGUGAAACCCUCCGCAGCACACGGGAACGAUGCUGAUGAGAAACGGCAUGCCGACAUGAUGAUACUGGAAGUUGAUGAUGAUUUGGAUUUGGACGACAGCCAGAGUUUGAGGAAUCCUUUAUCCACGACGGACACGAAGGUUCAGUCGAGUGACGACAGACACAUACGGCGAUGAUUUUUCUCUCUAUGUGGCAAUGUUUAAUUGUCUUUUACUUUUGUUUCUCUCUUAAGGUGUGACACGACGAUGCAUUGGAUUAGUUGGUUGUUGGGUAUACAGCAAUAGGAGGGCGCAAGCGAGGAACUACUAGGGAACUUCGAGUCGCUUUAAGCCGGCUGGGGUUUGGUUGUGGUGGUGGCGACGGCGGCGGAAAUCUGCAUGAUUGAUGACUUUUGCUUUGCUUUACUUUGCUACUCUGGUGCCUUCCCUUGAUAUUCUUCGUUUC